UUUUUAAAGUUUAUUUAUUUUUGAGAAAGAGAGAGACAGAGUGCUAGUGGGGGAGGGGCAGAGAGAGAGGGAGACACAGAAUCCGAAGCAGACUUCAGGCUCCCAGCUGUCAGCCCAGAGCCUGAUGCAGGGCUCGAACUCACAAACUGUGAGACUGUGACCUGAGCUGAAGUCGGCCGCUUAACUGACUGAGCCACCGAGGCGCCCCCAACUAUAGUGAAUGUUUAAACCAUAGUGAAUAGUUUCUCUACAUAGGAGAACAUUAGUGUUCCUUCCCCUUUUCAUUCUUGUAGCUUCCUUAUAUGGACACUGUGUUUAUUCCUUUAACCAUUGUUUUUUAUAUUCAAAUCGGUUGAAUUUUCCUGGAUCAGCAUUUAACAGGAGGUUUUGGUAGAAAUUGGGAGACAGGCCAGGCAAGUUCUCUAAGUUUCUCUGUUGAAAGACUCCCUCCUCUGCUUUUAUGGAAAUGGAUUGUUCUUUAAAAUACAACCCUUCUCAGGACCCAGUGCUGUUUUGCCUCACAGAACGCAACCGGGUUCAAGGGGACACCUGCCUCCAUCCUCGAACUCUCCUGGUUCAUCCAGGCUACAUCUCUCUUCUGACUUACUCGUCUUCCUUUUAGAAGUGGCGAUCUCUACGAUCUUCCACUUCCGGGCCCCCCCACCCCCCCGUUCCUCCCCACCUCACCGCUGUAUCUGCUGGACUCAGGUCCAGCUUUGCGAGUUAGAGUUUAUGGGUUUUUCACGCCCCGGGUUUUGCUAAAGCUGUAAGUUGUGGCUUAUUUUCUCUUUCCUGUGUUGCUCUGUAUGACAUCAGCAGGGGGGGAAAGAUCCAGAACCAAGAAUCUGCCUUAUUCCUAUUGGAAAAAGAAGUCUCUACCUCCCUACCUCCCUGGCUUUAGAACAUCUUAUAGGCUCUGGAGGAGGAACACUUUAUAACCUCCAUUCUGAAAAAGUGCAGGAUGUACCAGUUUCAAACACAGCGGGAUCCAGAUGUAAAGAUGAUGUCAUCGUGCCUCUCUCUCUCCGUCUCUUGGCUCUGUUGCCUCUGGGCCGGCUUCAGCCUCAGCCAGGCUCUCCCCUCCGGCUCGGGCCUCAUCUUAGAGACCCCACUGGAAAGCUCCUGACUCUGCUUGGCCCGCACUGGGUUACAGGCCCUGCCCCCAGCUACUCACUGUGGCUGGAGAACGUGACAUUAGGCAGAUCUGAACGUGUGCCGCCCCCAAGAGCUAGAGAGUGGGGUCUGUGGGGCAGAGGUGGUCCCUCAAAGGCAAUCAGGAUACUUUUAUCAGCAGAGGGGGGACGGAUGCUGGGCAGGCAAAGCCUGCCACGCCAUGUCCACUGGGACUCCCCAGUGCUGUCCUGCCACGCAGAGAGGCCCCCCCAGGCACAUUCUCCACGGAGCUGCCGUUUCAGGGAUGUUCCAGGCAGUGUGUGACCUGAGAGGGGCUCUGAGUCUCCAGGACAGAGAGACACAGAAAGGAGGUGUCGUGGCCUCAGAGAAGAUUGUCGUGUCCUAACCCUGCAACACGUGAAUGUGACCUCCUUUGGGAAAAGGGUCUUUGCAGGCGUUACUAAGUUAAGGAUCUCGAGUUAAGGAAAUGAUCCCGUGUUAGUGAGGUGGGCCAUAAGUACAAUGACAAGUGUCCUUACAAGAGACAGAGGGGAAGACCGCGUGAAGACAGAGGCAGAGAUUGGAGGAAGCGGCCACAAGCCCAGGAAUGCCUGGAGCCACCAGAAACUGGGAGAAGCAAGGAACGGUUCUCCCCCGGAGAACGAGAAGGGGCGUGGUCCCGCUGACACCUUGGAUUUGGACCUCCACUCUGCAGAGCUGUGAGAAGAUCCGUGUCUGCGUUCAGCCUCAGAGCUGUGGUCAUCAGUUUCCGCAGCCACAGGAAGCCGAUACAGGAUGCUGAUCAGAGUCUCGCACAUCUCCUUGGUUUUGUGGUUUGAGACUUCUGCUGGGCUGUCAGCCUCCUGCAGCAGCUCGAGGAAGGCCCGGGGAGGGGACGUUUCUUGCAGAGGGGUAGGAAGAGCUCCCUAAGGGUGUCAGUUCCACUCUCUGCUGCUGCGAGACCCUGGCCAAAUCCCUUACCGUCUCUGGGCCUCUGUGUCCCCCUUGGGAUAUCAGACUCUCCAAGGGCCUAGCUCUGGAACCCCAGGAACAGUGAGCACCUUUCCUGGUAGUAAGUCGUUCAGGAAGUGUGGACUGUGACCAUCGCCGCGACCCUGUUCUGUCUGGGUCAUGGUCAGCCAGCACUGGGCUGAGCUGGGCUGGACCUGGGAGCCGAGGGAAGGGCAGAGGGAGAUGCCCCUACUGUGGGCCGUGAAUGAAUGACAAUCUUCAGGUAGUGGGGCCAUUCCAAGGCCCUGGGCUGGUCCCUGAUGCUGAUGCUCCUGACGUGGGGCCCUGAAAACUAAUGCAAGGGCCAAGCCCACAGGGAGCGGUCAGGCCUUUGGCCCUUUGGCCUGCCGGCUGUGUGCUUCUCGCCCUCACGACCUGCCUGAGAUGGAUCAUGGGGGGCUGGGAGGGUCCCUGAGGAUGGGGAGCCACAGAAGAGCUCAGGGCAGGGAAGUGGCCACAGUUCACCAGCUAACUGGAAAUCUCUCCCCGGUGCAGGGCCGAAAGCGGUAGGCAGGGAGGCAGGAGGAGGAGCAGUGUGCCAGGCUCCACUGAGAAGGGUCAGGACUUGAGCCACAGCUGUGAGGCCCAUGCAGGGGGGCCAGGAGCAUGCUUCGGGCCUGAGGUCACACGGGUAUUUGGCUGUGGCCAACUUGGCCCCGCGCGUCGUUUCUAUUCCUGGGUCUUGGGCUCUAUCACCAAAUACGGUGUUGCUCGGGGCCGGUAGUGUCCCCUGCGGUCGGCGCGGGCUCAGGUGGCAAAUCCUAUCUCCCCAACAGGCCCAGACCCCACCCCACCCCACAGAAGGCCCAGAUCACCCCAACGCCUCGGGACCCCCGAGCAGCCAGGACCUUGCUCGAUCCAACUGUCUGUCCCCUGCUCGGUGUGGUUCACACUGGGUUAAAAAUACUCAAGACCAAAAUAGCCUCUCCUCGCAGGCGAAAACCAGGGCGGGGGAACACAAGGUUCUUGAUGUAUAUUGGCCCCACCACUCCUGACCCAGCCGCCGACCCCCAGGUCCCUCACACAGGCGCUCAACUGCUUUAUUCGGUCACAUGCUGAUUUGCUGGCUCGCUGACUUAUUCACUCAUUCACUCAUUCGUUCAUUCACUCGCUGAUCAUUCACUGAUCUGCUCCUUCACUCACUCGCUCCCACCUUCAUUCACCCACCCGCUGAGUCACUCCCUCCCUUGGUAUUUGUUCACUACCUUCCAAGAGUCAUCUCUUCUAGAUGCUGAACAAAAGGCAAAAAAUACCUGUCCUCGUGGGGUUAUGCUCCAAAUAAGUAACCCAAACAAACGAGUACCAAAUGUCCAGGAUGCUCGAUUAGGUGCCGCGAGCUCCACAGGGGACUAUGGAAGGGCUGGGGAGGCAUGAUUUUUGAGGACGAGAGGGAGGUGAGGGAACGAGCCAGGUAAACACUAUGGGAAGAGCAUUCCAAGCCGAGGGAACAGCAAGUGUGCAGGCCCUGAGAUGGCAGCACGGGGGUGGGCGGUGGGGUUGAGAAGGAGUGAGGAGGCCAGGCGUGGCUGGGGUAGGGCAAGUGGGGUGUGAGGUCAGGGACGGGGGCACCUGGGCGACCGGGGCCUCCCACAUCACUGAGGGUCUGAACAGAGGAAUGACGUGACCUGGCUUGUGUUUUUGAAGUGUCCCUCUGGCUGCCAGGGGAGUGAGUCAGUGAGCGAGCGGGUCCACGAGAGGAUGAAUCAGGUUGUGUGUCCCUACUAUGCGCCAAGGACUGAGCUGGGCUCUGGGGAGGGCAGGUGUGCAGGCACCCUUGGCGGUAUGGAGGCCCAUCUGGCUAAGGCCCCUCCAUCAGUGUGACCUCUCCAGAAGCCACCUUCCCUGGCCCCGCUGGGCCCUUUGCUCCAUUUCAACUGUGACUAGUGCAUUUCCAGAUGGUCCCCCCACACGCUGAGAGCUCCCCCAGGGCAGAGCCGCACCCAGCUCUCCCUUUCUCCCAAGUACAUUCCCUGUGGGGCCGAGACAGUCAACAAAUCAAUGAACAUCCCCCCUGUGCGGCUGGGGGCUGACUCCGUGAGCCCGCCACCCCCCUCACUCUGUGUCUCGCUGUGUCUUACAGAUGGAUUUGUGGACGCGGAGAGCUUGUGGAAGGGCCGUGUUCCUGUUGGCAGAGAAGGUUGGCUGCUGAGCCAGGGCGUGUCUCCAGGAGGGCUGCCCGGCGGCCCAGAUCCCCACCUCGCCGCCAUGGGCCGCCCAGGCUGACCAGCCAGUUCCCGCUGGAGGCUCCUGGUGUCAUCUGGGAAGAACAUGUCCAGGCCACCUGACUGCCUGCUGCGGCUGCUCCGGGGAGCCCCGAGGCAGCGGGUCUGCACCCUGUUUAUCAUCAGCUUCAAGUUCACGUUUUUCGUCUCCGUCAUGAUCUACUGGCACAUCGCGGGAGAGCCCGGCGGCCAGAGGGAGUUCUCUAACCUGCCUGCCGACGUCCCCUGCCCCCGGCUGGUGCCCCCUACGCCGAUCUCCAGCACCCCGCCUCCGGGCAACAUCUUCUUCCUGGAGACCUCAGACCGGACCAGCCCCAACUUCCUAUUCAUGUGCUCCGUGGAGUCGGCGGCCAGGGCUCACCCCGAGUCCCGGGUGGUGGUCCUGAUGAAGGGGCUGCCCGGCGGGAACGCCUCCCUGCCCCGGCACCUGGGGCUCUCGCUUCUGGGCUGCUUCCCCAACGUCCACGUGCUCCCGCUGGACCUGGAAGAGCUGUUCCGGGACACGCCGCUGGCGGCCUGGUACGCGGCCAGGCGACGCCGGUGGGAGCCUUACCUGCUGCCCGUGCUCUCCGACGCCUCCAGGAUCGCGCUCAUGUGGAAGUUCGGGGGCAUCUACCUGGACACGGACUUCAUCGUCCUCAAGAGCCUGCGGAAUCUGACCAACACGCUGGGCACUCAGUCCCGCUACGUCCUCAACGGGGCCUUCCUGGCCUUCGAGCGCCACCACGAGUUCAUGGCGCUGUGCAUGCGAGACUUCGUGGCCCACUACAACGGCUGGAUCUGGGGCCACCAGGGCCCGCAGCUGCUCACGCGGGUCUUCAAGAAGUGGUGCUCCGUCCGCAGCCUGGGUGACAGCCACGCCUGCCGCGGGGUCACCGCCCUGCCCUGUGAGGCCUUCUACCCCAUCCCCUGGCAGCACUGGAAGAAGUACUUCGAGGACAUCAGCCCCCAGGAGCUGCGCCGGCUGCUCAACGCCACCUACGCCGUCCACGUGUGGAACAGGAAGAGCCAGGGCACCCGCUUCAAGGCCACGUCCAGGGCACUGCUGGCCCAGCUCCAUGCCCGCUACUGCCCCACGACACACGAGGCCAUGAAGAUGUACUUGUGAGGGCCCUGCCGGGCCCCCCCCCAACCCUGCGCCCCACCCGGGCGUCCUGAUGGAGAGGGGCACCCGGUCACCUUUCCCCGGGGGAGGCGAGACGGGGCGGGGGGUGGUGGUGGUGCGGCCUGGGAGAGGGAGGCCCGAGUUGCUGCAGGCCAGGAUUUGGGGCAGGCUGGGGGGAGGGCGGGGAACUGUUGGCCCAGGAGGUGUUCUUGGAGGCCAUGCUGUAGGCCCCUGGAUACACUCCCUUCAGUGUGAGGCUGGUGGGACACCCCCAGGCCAGUGUGCUAUCUCAGGGUGGAGGCAGCCGGUCCCCGGGGGCGGGGACGGGUAGCGGCAGCCAGAAUCAGCUGGAGUGAGCCGGGUGAACAUCUGGGUCAUCUGGACGGCACACCAGAGCCGUCGUGAACAUCAAAUCGUCUUCCAGGGCAUCACAGGGAAGCCAGGCUGGUGGGGGCUGAGGUGCCCACCACGGGGGCGUGGAAAAACCCAAGAAAAGGGGAUAGGAAGGAGAGGGAGCUCCUGAGGAGCAGGGGGAGGCAGCCUGUAGGAGAGCCGGGGGUGCAAACCCAGCCUCGUGAACCCAGGUAGGUGCCUGGCUCUUUUCUGCCUUUGGUUUCUUUCUCAGCAGCACUGAGACAUGCAGAGCUGGCCUGGGGAGCCCUUUGGGGGAGGCCUGCCUGCCCACCCCAUUCUUUCUUCUUUCCAGAGUUGUUGCAAGGGUGAGAUGUGCCAGCUGGCCACUCCAGGGCAUGGGGGCGUGGAGUUCUUUUGGCUCAGGAAAAGCAUUUUAAGGAAAACACCCCCCCCCACCCACGAUCAACACAUGAUAAUAAUAAAUAUAAUAAAAGUGAUGCUCUGACACCAAGUGCUUGGUGGUCGAUGAAAC